UUCAAAGAUCUGAAUUACUUUUUGUUUGAAUGACCUGUAUCCUAAAAUUGAGGCUGGGAAACAAGCAUCAGAAUGACUACAGGUGUCAAAUAUGUACUAUACUACAGUUCAGUAAAGUAGUAACUUAACUGAAAUGAUAGCUACUAAAUAACUAGUGGCAUUGGAACUCAAUACACAAGACUGAAAUAUCUUGAUUGUUUAGCAGACAAGCCCAUGAUUGAAUUCCAAAUCUAAGCAGCUAUGCAUUAGAAAUAAACAAACAACUUAUGAUGUUCAUCAUGAAAAUCAGCCUCCUCUUGAUCCUGUUGCUGCCAUCUUCUGGAGAUGGACAGACACUGUAUAAACAGAAGACACUUACUAUAGGGGGUAUUUUUCCAAUGUCUGGAAGCUGGGCUGGGGGAGUAGGCUGUCUGCCAGCCGUCAAGAUGGCGUUGGAUGACGUCAACAAUCGAACAGACAUUUUACCAGAAUACAAACUAGAGAUGCAAUCAGAUGAUAGUCAGUGCAAGCCAGGCCUAGGAACUAAAGUCCUGUACAAGCUAUUGUAUGACAAGCCAACAAAGCUUUUGGUACUGACUGGCUGCAGCAUUGUCUCUACUUUUGUUGCUCAAGCAGCUAAGAUGUGGAAGUUGGUUGUGCUGUCAUAUGGUGGUAGCUCACCAGCUCUCUCAAACAGAGAAAGGUUCCCCACUUUCUUCCGCACACAUCCAUCCGCCACUCUUCAUAACCCAAUCAGGGUUAAAGUUUUUAAACAGUUUGGUUGGAAGAGGAUAUCCACUAUACAGGAAACACAAGAACUCUUUACUUCUACUAUAGAAGACCUGGAAGAGAAAGUGAAAAGUGCUGGCAUUGACAUUGCUGUAAGGCAGAGCUUCCUCACUGAUCCAACUAAUGCUGUCAGAAACCUAAAGCGCCAAGAUGCUCGCAUCAUUGUAGGUGUUUUUUAUGAAGAUAUGGCAAGACGAGUAUUUUGUCAGGCAUACAAAGAGAAGCUGUAUGGAAAGAAGUAUGUGUGGUUUAUAAUUGGGUGGUACCCAGACAACUGGUACAAGGUCAAGGAUGACAGGCACAACUGUACUGUAGAGCAGCUGGAGGAAGCUCUUGAGGGCCACUUCACCACUGAGGCUGUGAUGAUUCAUCAGGAGCCCACCAUGACGGAUGUGGGGAUGACUGCGCAACAGUUUACAGAGAGAUUGAACAAGAUCCUCAACACAACAGACACCAGUCUUAUCACUGGGUACCCCGAGGCCCCCCUGGCUUACGAUGCUGUAUGGGCAGUGGCGCAUGCCUUUAACAAGACGGCCACGCAGCUUGCAGAAAGGGGAAUGAAGCUUGAAGAUUUUGACUACUACAAUGAAGAUAUAACAAAUGCUAUCUACAACGCCAUGAACUCAACCAAGUUCCUAGGGAUCUCUGGCAAUGUGGCCUUCUCUGCUAAAGGGGACAGAAUAGCCUGGACACAAAUAGAGCAGUUUAUCAAUGGGUCCUAUGUCAAACUUGGAGUGUACGAUGCUGUGGCUGACAACCUUACGUGGUACAGAAAAGAAAAAUGGCUAGGUGGCCGCCCCCCACCUGACCACACCCAAGUACUGGAUGAUUUGAGAGUAGUCUCCCAUACCCUGUACUUCUCUAUGUGUGGUUUGGCUGGUGUAGGCAUCCUGGCAGGAAUCUUGUGCCUGAUAUUUAAUCACACCAACAGGAACAGGCAGUGUGUGGCGUUCUCCCAGCCUGCAAUAAACAACCUAACAGUUGUUGGGUGCAUGAUCUGCCUGGGUUGUAUCAUUUUACUUGGUCUGGAUGGCAAGUUUGUACCUGCCCACACCUACCCUGUUGUGUGCCAGGUGCGGGCCUGGUUGUUGUCUAUUGGGUUCACACUCAGCUAUGGAUCCAUGUUUUCCAAAAUUUGGACUGUCCAUCAGAUGACCACAACUCGCAAAAAAGAGAGGACAGGUGUCCAGAUUUGGGAGCUGUUUACCGUCCUGGCAAUUUUGGUUCUGCUGGAUGUGGGUGUGCUGACAGCCUGGCAAGUCUUGGACCCCCUGCAGCGAAGGCUGGAAACGUUUGCCAGAAUUCAACCCGUCAACUCUGAGGAGGACAUUGAACUCCGACCCCAGCUUGAACACUGUCACUCUGAAAACCUGAACAUUUGGUUGGGUGUUCUGUUUGGAUACAAAGGGAUCCUGCUCAUUUUUGGCAUUUUCCUGGCAUAUGAGACCCGCAGUGUGAAGCUGAAGCAGGUCAAUGACUCCAGGUUUGUGGGCAUGAGCAUCUACAAUGUGGUGGUUUUGUGCGUCAUCACGGCUCCGAUUUCUCUCAUCAUUGGCAACCAGGAAGACGCCACAUUUGCUUUUGUGUCCCUGGCCAUAAUCCUCUGCAGUUUUCUGUCCAUGGGACUCAUCUUUGUUCCCAAGCUGAAGGAAAUAAUCCAGCACCCCCAGCGAGAUGGUCAAGAGGUCAAGAGUCUGACUGACUCACUGGUCAGCAGGGAGGAGGAGGAGCGUCACCAGAAGCUGCUGGGGGAGAAUGAGCACCUGAAGAAACAGAUUGCUGAGAUGGAGGAUCGCAUCCGAGAUCUGAACCAGAAGCUACAGGAGAGGGCCAGACAAAGGACCACAGGCAACAACGUCAACAAGGCUAACUCCAACAAGGUCGUCAUCGUUGACCCACUUUUGGCUGACACCAGGGCCGAGUGUGACACGUCCAGGGACUCGGACCUGACCCCCCAGUCCUCCCCGGCCAGAGCUGAGGUCGUUGUGACCCACGAUCUGAUAGAGUCCAGUCCAGUCGUCGCUGAUGCUAGUUCUUGUGCGGAGGAAGACAAAAAUUUUUAGGUCAUUUUAGCCCUAAUUACCUAAUUUUGACCCUAAUCCUAACCCAGUGGUUGCUAAUGCUAGCUUUAGUAUGGAGGAAAAUAAAAUAUUUUAAGUCUCUACUUUUAGCCCUAAACCCCAAAUUUUGGCCCUAAUCCUAACCCAGUGGCUGCUGAUGUUAGGAUUCUUAUUUGGAUUAAGACAAAAGUUUCUAAUGCUAAAUCAGCCCUGCCUGUGUUUCAAAACACUUUGCAUUUAGUUUUAAUGCAUUUUUGUUUCGAUCAACCCACUCCUCAUUCCUGAUAUGAAAUGGCAUUCCUAUGUUAUAGAGAUCAUUUAUUACGGCUUCAACUGAAAUAAACUUAUUUAAGCACAUG